GUGAACUUAAAAAGUCAGACAUCUUUUACGGAGUAAACAGAUUAGGACAGUGUAGAUACCAUUCGACAUCUGAUUGACAGCCUAUCAACAUGAAAACACUACUUGUUCUGACCAUCUGUUUUUCAGCAGUGUUUGGUCAAUCUUUGAAUCAACAGUUAUUACGAGUUUUAGCUAAGUUAAGAGAACGAAGUAUAAGUGAUGCUAAUCCAUCUUCAACACCGCCAUCACCAUCACCAUUACCAUCACCACCAUCAUCAACAUUACCAUCACCCGGUUCAGGUUUUCGUGGAGAACACCCUGAACCGGCAUCUAUAACAGUUGAAGAAUUCAAAGAUACGCUUAAAGGAUGGGGAAAUGUUUCUAAUAGAUUUAUUAAUCAUGUUAAAGAAUUGAAACCUAUGGCUCUGCAGACUUUAACUAGAACCCUGUCAUGGGAAAGUGUUGUACAGAAAUUUGACGAAACAUUCAGACAUGGAGGAAAACUUUACGAAAAGGUGUUAACUGAAGCUUUGGAUGUUGGACACAGACUUUUUGAAAAUGCUGAAGGUUUUGGAGAAUCCGGACGUUGUAAAAGAAUGAUUACCCUGGCACAAACUUAUGAUCCCGUAAAUGAUCCAUUAGCAGAAGUAAAAAGUACGGAAGCUCUUGUUUCCGACUUGGAUUGUUUUGCUGGAGAAUUACAAGAAACCAUCAGUACAUUAAGUUCCAUGUGUGUAGAAGGACAACAUUUUGGUGCUGAUAAAGCUAUAGGUAUGAUAGGAAAAGUUAUUAAAGUUCUGUACAGAUUCAAACAUGAUGGUGAACGGUUUGGAGAAGGAGGGCAGAUUAUUGCGGAUAAAGCUCAUGAAGCUUUCAAAAACAAGAUGUCCGAAGAUCUCGGGAAAAGACUACUAGAAAAAUAUAUCUCAAAACUAUAAAACAGUGACAUGAUUCUGGUGAUGGAUAACUUAAUGUUCAUACAAUAUGUAUUGCAAUUUAUUUUCUCAAAUACUGUUUGAAAUAAACCACUUUUCAUAA